CAAUAUCGCGUUGGAAGGUCAGCCGGAGCCUAGUGACUUCAUUGCUGAUGAUGGACCUUCUCUGCUUGGCAUCUUCUUUUGUUCUACUUCCAUCUCUUCGAUGCAGAGGAUUCAAGCCAUCACCCGGCAGCUCCUCCCUCGCAAGAUGAAUACCACUAAGCAUCCAAUCGCUCCUCCGUCUUUGGAAGAGCUUGUCGACGUACUGACUCCAGCUCUACGAGCCAACUUCGAGAAAGCAAAGGUCAGCGUCGAGCGAUGCCCCGAUCUUCGUCAUCCUCCGUAUUAUCUGGCGGCACCAGGCCUCUCCGGAGAUGAAUGCGUUGCCGACAUUGGUGGACAGCCGAAUCUGUUUCCUGAGCCAAGACUGGAAUGCAAAUACUCGUUGAUAGAGAUUGCAAAGGAAAUGCAAAUGGAUCCCGAUGGAGGCCAUUUGCUUGGCGCCGGAGCAGGUCCAUUCCAUCGCAUUGGUCUCAAUUCCGAGCUUGCCCCAAACCUGAGCUGGAGCAACAAUUUCGAAAAUGUCGUCAAUCAGACCUACUAUACAAAGUUCGAUGACAGCAAUGGAAGACAUGCGGCUGUCUGCGAAAGAAGUCCUACGACUGACUGUGCACUGAUGAUGAAUUUGUAUGGCUCCUCUGGCCUUCCUGGCGAUGUGAUCAAAAUCUCAGCGCGAGCCCGGACUGGCCAUCACAAGAGCUUCACCGAAUGCAUUCGAAAGACACUCGCAGAAAAGUAUGGUGAUGAUCGGCCAAUCAGCAUGGGAGGCAUAUUCCUGAUCAAGGCUGGCAAAGCACAUUUUCAUGUCAUGCCUGACUUUCCACCUAAGAAACAGAUGCCCUUCAAAAAUGCCAAGCAGCUCAACGACUGGCUGACCUACCACGAUUUUGAGGCGCCAAUUGUCUGCCUGACAGUCUUCCAUUCGGCAGAUCCAGGCAAAAAGCUAGGUCUUCGGAUGGAGCACACUCACUGCUUUUCGAUAGAUGGUGCCAACCGGGGCGGGCACUACCAUUACGACCUCCCAGCGGGUGACGGUGUCGACGAGGUAGAAUAUGAGGCUUACUUCAACACUGCUAAGACUAUUUAUCGCAUCGAUACGCCUGAAGUCACGUUGGAGCGUGACCUGCACGAUUGAACACCCUAUUGGAAUCAGCGUGACGCUUGCACUGACGGCCAGCAUGCGCGGAAGUUGUCGCCAUGGAUAUCUCCGCUAGACAGUGCGAACAGUGGUCCGCAGGUUGCGGACAGCAGCCCGGUCUCGAGCAUCGAACGCAGAGCGUGCAUAUUGCUGUUUACGACACGACCUCUUCACAGAGCCAUAGAGAUGUAGUUCUUUCUUCGCUGCCGCAGAUUCUCCAAUAGCAGGCCCAAGGUUGUGGAGGACAGCUCUAUGACUGCUGACGCGACACAAGCUUAAGCCGUCGCUUUUGAGCAAAAUGUGGUACAGUUCAAGGCUGUUCUCACUUUUUAGCUGAGGACCUGAAGACUUCGGCGAAUCCUUUCGUAUAUGAAUAACUCUCUCGACACUCUACCUGAAUCUUUCUCUAUACAACAACGAUCACCUUC